AACAAACGACCAAACGAUUGUACGUGUCUUACCGCGACACGUGCGACGCUGGAUAUCAAGUUAGACACGUUGCAGAGCGGCGAGCCUUGUUGGAGGAGGUCAAGCCUCAUCGAGCCUCAUCGAAGGAUUCGAUGAGGAAUCGGGAUGUAAACAAGGUCCACCGGGUGGUUUAGCCAUCCGAUGCGAUUCCACGACCAGCUCGAUUCCCGAUAAAAUUGUGGCACUAACGAUGACUAUCGUCAUGCCAUCAUCAACAUCCGCCGUAGGACAUAUAAAGCCACACGCGCUUGCACACCCGCACGCAGAGUAGCCGUUCGUGCCGUCGGAAAAUGCGAUCACUGUGCGAUAUACCGCUGCUGCUGCUGCUGCUGCUGCUCUUCACCUGCCAGCUCGUCACGCCAACACCGAUCUUCGAUAGAGAUGGUGCGGGUUCCCACAGUAGAUAUCGAUCGGCUGGCUUCGGAGAGACGGUACGAGAUUGGUUCAGAAUGCUGAAGGACCGAAUCGUGGGGAAAUGGCACGAGUGGUUCGGCGACGAAACGUCAAGUCCGAGUUUUUCGCCGCAGGACAUUCUGAACAUUGACAAGACUUUGGAGAAACGGGUGCAGGGUUACCCAGGGCUCGUCUUGGAUUUGUGGGAUAAAUUGGACUGUGACUCGGAUGAGUGGGACUUCAAGUCUUGGUUGCCGUCAUUACCAUCAUUCCCGAACUUCGAUUGGCCUAAUAUACAUGGAUUCGAGGUGCCGAAAACUACGAUUGCCACGCCGAGGACCGAAUCAACCACAAUACAACGGCAAACGACCCCAACUGUAACUCGGACCGAACCAUCGAUCGUCACCACUACCACCAUUGGCACUACCGUGCCUAUAGAGGAAUCCAUAGCGACUUCUGCCGAAUCGACUCCACCUACCACUGCUACCCAGUUAACCACAGUAGCUUCCGCAGAGUCGACCGAAGAACUUUCAUCUUCCGACGAAUCCUCCGUAAUAAACGACGAAUCGACUGUCCUAACCACCGAAUCGAUCGCGACUACCGACGAGGGGGAGUCAGGUUUUCCAAUGUUCUCCACCAUUUUGACGCCUACUGAACCUACUGUGACCGCCAGCCAGGAAUCCACCGUAAUGCUUGUACUCGAAGAAGUAACUACUACCGAAUCACCCACAGACCUAACUCUACCUGCGCUUAAUAAACGAAUAGAGGACAACGAGACCAUCGAAAAACGUACGAAAACAAGGAAAAAUCGUCCAUCAUCCGUCGAGGUCGUAAUGUGAGCGCGUAAUUUUGAGAAAGUAGAUCGUAGAGUAGAUACGAGAAUGAAUCAAUGAUAGACGCACGGCGCAGUUUGGUAGGAAUAAAAAUUUUGUCAGAAAGCAACAAACACUCGAGAAAUGAAUGAUCAGGCGAAGAAGAUACAUGCGCGAGAAUUGGAUUAUGCAAAUUUAUUUUACUCGUAUGUAAAAUGUGUGUUGUAAGGAAGUUGGUUGAUAAAUUAAUAUUUAUCUUGUUAACAUUUAACCCUGAGAUAUCGUAUAGCCAUAUCUAAAUGAAAAUUUAUAUACAGAAUAAUAUGCCUUUAUGACGUAAACUUUAUUAUAAUUACAGGCAUUAAAAAUGUUAUAAUUUACAAUAAAUCUUACGUCGACGAUGGGGACCACACAAUCCUCACAAAAGUUUGUUGUAUUACUGAAAUAAAAAAGAAAUUGUU